AUGGGGCAGAUUUCCUCUUCUACUUACGACGUUCGUCGCAGAAAAGGUCGACCAACACCUGUCAUUACCAUCCCGGCGAGGAAAAGAAGGGCGGCAUCGUCGGAGAUCCUCAAUUCCAAAUUUAUUCGAACAAGCCAAGAACAUGAAUCUGAACCGAGAGAUUCUACCACUAAGAUUACAGAGUGCUACUUUGACAGGCUGCCUGCAGAACUCUGUAGAACGAUUUUCGAGUUUAUUCUGAUCGAAAGUUGGAAUGGAACGACUCCAGUACUCAUCAAGGCUUUGAGACCACACGAACGCCUUUAUUCUGAGUGUAUGUACGUUUGGCACCAACAGAAGCACACGUACACUCUUCAUGCGAAGAACAAUUGGAGCUUCUUAGACAUGUCGAAAGAGGCUAUCAGCACAACAACAGAUGUUGUGAUUAUCAUUGAUGAAAAUAUUGCUCUUCAUCCGCUUCUCAGGUGGUCCGACUUGAAAGUCACCAAGAAACGGUUCUCGAUGUCAGUUCAUGACCUAAACAUAACCGGAGCUCGUGCAACGGCGGUCACGUCUGUCACGCUCGAUUGUCGUCCGACCACCGAAAAUCUAUACUAUUGGUACCCUUCCAAGUUCAGCCUGUUCUUCUCAGGAUUCAAGCGCCUCAAAUACGCUGCAACAACCUGUCCCGAACAGCCUCAUUUAGCUUUCCACCCUGAUCCGAGGAUUAAAGUCGCCUUUGUCGACCCUGAUUCACAGGAGAGGAGUAUGGAGAGGGGUAUCAAAGAAGCAAAUGAGAUUUUAGCAGUAGUGGCGAGGUAUGAUCGCGUGUACGCUGAUAUAUAUGAUCAUGGAGGUCGUAGGGCUCAUCGUAAGUGUGAGGAUCGAGAGAAAUGGGUUUGGGUUGCUGAAGAGGGGAAAUUCCUGGGGGAGGUCGAUAUACCUCCAGGGUUGAGAAUGGAUCGAUUCCAGUAG